AUGCCGACUGAGUUGGAGGAGAAAAUCGCUGAACAUGUCAUCACAAUACUCAUCAACCUGUCUGGUGAUCCGGAAGUAUUGAAUAACUUGGCCUCGGACCAGAAGUUUCUUGACCUCAUCUUUGCCUGUGUGACGAAUGAAGCCGAGCCCAAUGCAAACUUGAUGGCCAUGCUACUGGCCAACUUGGCCAAGUCAGAUGAUCUGAAAGGGAUAUUGGAGCGAACACAAAAGCCAUCAGAGAAGCUCAGCUCAGAUGAUCGUGUUAUUAACCAGCUUAUGGAUCUCUUUGUGAAAGGCUUUGACGGAUCAUUCAACAAGAAUGCGGAUUACGACUAUCUGGCGUACUUUUUUGCCGACAUGGCCAAGCACGCCGAAGUGCGGCAACACCUGGUGACAAAGCAGCCUUACGACAACGUUGUUCCGAUUACCAAGAUUACGGUUUUUACGAACCACAAGUCCGAUGUCCGGCGCAAAGGUGUGGCGAGCAUGCUUAAGAAUGUGGCUUUUGAUGUACCCAGCCACCCGGCCUUCCUUUCGGAUGACGAGAUCAACCUGCUCCCAUACCUGCUGCUACCAUUGGCAGGGAAUGAGACAUACGACGAAGACGAGAUGUUGGAUAUGCUGCCCGACCUCCAGUUCCUACCGCCCGACAAGCAGCGUGAUCCAGACAGCAGCAUCCUGCAGACGCAUGUCGAGACACUGACGCUCCUCACAACAACCCGGGAGGGACGUGAUUUGAUGCGACGGAUCCAGGUUUAUCCACUUAUCCGCGAGACGCACCUGCGGGUAGACGACGAGGAUUUGCGGGAAGCCUGCGAUCGGCUAGUGAACGUGCUUAUGAGGGAUGAGGCCGAUACAGGGGCUGUCCCACUUGCCGAGGAGGAGGACGAAGAUGAGCGGAUAGUCGAAGUUUGA